AUGUGCCAGAAAAGUGGGCAGGAAAUUCCCUGCCUCAAUUUUGUAGUCAAUGAAAGAGAAGAAUUUUUAAAUAUAUUUAAUUAUAAGAAUGUCAAGUGCUUUAAGUCCUGUAACUAUAUCUACAUUGGGCAAUUUAAAAAGGAGAACGAUCCCCACGGAAGAAACGAAAACGACUAUGAUCUAAUUUCCAAAAAAGAUGAAGAUAUUAAAAAAAUCGAAACGAAAGAGUUCACAUUGGGUAGGGAAAAAUCAGACAAAAAGAAGAAAAAAAAAUGCAGCAAAUAUAUAAAAGAUGGCUAUGGAAUUUUAAUAACGUUAAGGAGAAACACCUUUGGUCAAGAAGUAAUUGUAAACAAGUUCAUCGGUAACUGGAAAAAUAAUAAAAAAAACGGAUUGGGAUUUAAUAUAUAUCUGAAUAGGAAUGUCUAUUAUGGGUAUUAUGAGAAUAACGCAAAAAAUGGAUGGGGCCACUUCGAAUGGAGAGCCAGUCAAUCAUAUUAUGAAGGGAACUGGGUGAACAACCAAAUGAAUGGCAAAGGCAUAUAUAAAAGUAAAACAUUUUUAUUCGAUGGAGACUUUUAUAGUAAUAAAUUUCUUAACUCGUCUGGGGAAUGGAUCGAUGUGGUAGCCAUGGAAGAGGAAAAAAAAAACGUCAGCCUUCUCAAAAGGUAUUCAAUUAGUGGUGAUGAGAUUAUCGAUUUGGUUUGUCUCCCUUUUGAUUUCUUAAAAAGUAAUUUAAAAAAAAUUGCAGACCUUAUUAAGUAUAAAUAUAACAAGGUUCCUUUUUUCAUGUGUUCCAAGAGUUUUAUCGAAAAGAACAGAAAUUUUAACUUGUCUAAGUUUAUAUUUUUAAGUUAUUAUUUUGGUCCUGAGGAUCCAUUUUGCGAGGAGAGCAAUUAUCAGCUUCUCUUCGACGGUGUGCAAAAUGAGGAGGGAAAAAGCAGCCAGGGGGGAAAUUCAAAAGUAGGUCUGGAAGAUCCUAAUUUGAAGUCAUCUAGGGGUGGUACCCCUUCGGAUGCUGGUGAAGAAGUAGAAGAUGACAGCAGUUCAGGGGAGUCUACUGGCUCCAGCGGUUCUGAUCCGUCGGAUUUGUCGUCUAGCCCUCUAGCUACUAGUUCUUCUGAUUUUUCAAGCGGGGAGAACGAAGGGAGUGAUAAAGGCGGUAUGUCCCCCUCCAACUCUUCCAAUUGGUCAAAGGGGCGGGCUCAUUCCAACCGAUCCAACCGCUACAACCAUUCCAAUGUGUCUGCCUCUUCGCACCUUUCCAGCCUGUCGGCCAUCACCAACAGUUCGUACAAUUCGAAGUGGACAAGCUCACCCCAUGACGAUUUGAACAACUCAAAAAGGCAAUCCCUGAAUAACGCCGACAUAACCAGAAAUGAAAGCAAAGGAAGUAGCGAGAGUGACCUGAAGGAGUACAUAAAAAACGCGAAUAAAUCGAAUGACUUUAAGGAGGAAAGCUUAGCCGAAGCGCCAUCCAACAUUAGUAACAGCUGCCAAAACGGAAUGAACUCCACCUCGGGCAGAUGCAAUGAAGAUACUUCCUACGAGAUGGAAGAAAGGAAAAAGAACGAAAUGUACCAAAUGAUGAAGAAGUACGUGCAUAUUUAUGCCAAUUCGGAAGACACUUCCAGUGAGUAUUCGAUAAGGUCCAGCGAAACGGAAAGCUCCGAUGAAGGGGGAGGCUUCCUCAAAGUGGAAAGUAAGCAACAUUUUGAUGGAACCAAGUGUGGUGAAAACGAACAAUCAGGAGGAACUAAACUGACAGAUGGGAAGGAAACAGUGGGAGAAAAUGCCAACCAAAAAGUGAAUAACUCAUUUUCAGGUGAGGGUAAUAUGGGUAGGCCGAAUCCAUCGGAAGGUAGUCCCCACAUCAAUAGGCGAAAAAUAAAAAUCGAGAAGGAAUUAUGCAAGAUAAAAAUAGACACUCAAUUUUUGGAAAAACUAAAAAAUUGCAAUCUGACAUGUAUACACAAGAUAAAGCAAAAAAUGGCCACGUCCAUGAUGCUCAAGUACCCAUUCAUUUUUAGCUUAAGCAUAAGUGAAGACAAGAAUAAGUAUAAAACUAUAACUAAGGAAUUCCUUUUAGAGAGUUGCACAAUCCCUCCCAUGUGGUUGUUACAGAUUUAUUUUGGUGCCACAGAGAAUAAACUACCAGAAAGAAUUUUUUCGCCUCCCUUUUUCGAUUUUUACAAUUCAAAUAUGAACAUGUCUAUGCACCCGUAUUUUCAAACUCCCCAAAAUAACGACGACGUCGACCAUUUUAAUGGUGGAGAAAUUUCGCCGUUGAAUUUUUUCCUCAUCACAGAUUUGUUAGUAGAGGACACAAAAAAUAUCGAGCAUUUAAAAGGUUUAGUGAGGGACAAAUUUAUCAAUUUUUCCUUUUUGAGUAACUUAUUUUUUGUCAUCCUUGAGUAG